AUGGCGGACGGCCGGGGCGAUGGCGAUGGCGGGGAGGGGCGGGCGCUGCGGCGGGCGGGCAACGAGCACUUCCAGGCGGGCCGCUACGAGGAGGCGCUGGAGGCCUACGCGCGCGCCCUCAGCCUCGGGCCCCCGCAGCCCGACCGCGCCGCCCUGCACCGCAACCGCGCCGCCUGCCACCUCAAGCGGGGGGACUUCGCGCAGGCCGAGCGGGACGCCUCCGAAGCCAUCGACGCCGACCCCGGGGACGUGAAGGGGCUCUUCCGGCGCAGCCAAGCCCUGCAGCAGCUGGGCCGGAUGGACCAGGCCUUCUCCGAUCUUCAGCGCUGCGUCAGCCUGGAGCCCAAGAACCGGGCCCUGCAGGAGGCGCUGCGGGACCUGGGCAGCCGCAUGCACGAGAAGGUGAGAGCCGUGACCUCAACCGACUCGAAAGUGGAACAGAUGUUUAAGGUCUUGCUGGACCCUGAGGAAAAGGAUCAAGACAAGAAGCAGAAGGCAGCCCAGAACCUGAUAGUGUUGGCUCGAGAGGAGCCUGGUGCUGAGAAAAUUUUCCAGAACGAUGGGGUACAUCUGCUUCUGGAACUGCUGGACACGGAGCGGCUCGAUAUGAUCCUGGCAGCUCUGCGUACCUUUACUGGCCUUUGCCGGGGCCAUCGUUCCCGGACUGUGGCAAUCUUGACUGCGCUGGGGCCUCGGCGCUUCUGUUCCGUGCUGGAGUUGGAGGAUGAGCAGAUCUCACUGGCCACCUAUAGCCUGCUGCAGGUCAUGUUCGAUUCCCUUAAGGAGGGGUUGCAGAGGGAGGUACGCAACAAGGAGGAAGCCGUGGUGUCUGACACAUCCAGAGAGCUGAAAUUGCUCCUCAAACAGCUGCUGGAAGCCCUGGCCCGGGAGAGUGUUUCUUCCUACGGCCGCGACAGCAUACUUAACUUGCUGGUUGGCGUGGUGCCUCGGAAGUUGCUGCGGGAGCCCAACAACAGCUUGACCCUCUGGGUCAUCGAUCAGGGUCUCAAGGAGAUCCUGGCCGUGGGAGGUGCUGUGGCCCAUGUGCCUGGCAGCCUGCGUGUGACAGAGAACAGCCACCUGAGCGCUGCCGUCCUGCUCAGCAAGCUCUACGGGGACUUGAAAUGCGAUGUGGAACGGGAGAAUUUCCACCUGCUCUGUGAGAACUGCAUCCGGGGCUGGUUCCAGGGCGAGGAGAUGGCUGGAAAGCUGCAGGCCAUUCGGGCCGUAUCGUGCCUUUUGCAGGGCCCCUCGGAGGCUGGGAACCGGGUGCUGGAGCUGGACGGCAUAAUGGAGAGCAUCCUGUCCUUGUGUGCCUCCUCGCGGGAGGCCGACCAGCUGGUGGCUGUGGAAGCCCUAAUCCACGCGGCGGACAAGGCCAAGCGGGCCUCCUUUAUCACUGCCAAUGGCGUCACGCUACUGAAGGAGAUCUACAAGCGCAGCGAGCGUGACAGCAUUCGCAUUCGUGCUCUGGUGGGCCUCUGCAAACUGGGGUCAGCGGGAGGCACGGACUUCAGCAUGAAGCAGUUUGCAGAAGGCUCAACUCUGAAGCUGGCCAAGCAGUGCCGCAAGUGGCUGUGCAACGAGGCUGUGGGUGGCAGCACGCGGCACUGGGCGGCAGAGGGCCUGGCGUACCUCACCCUGGAUGCGGACGUGAAGGAAGAACUCGUGGAGGACCAAGUGGCUCUGCAGGCACUUUUCCAGCUGGCGAGGUCAGAGAAUCAGGCCGUGAUGUUCGCUGUGACCUCUGCCAUGGUAAACUGCACCAGCAGCUACGACCAGGAGGAGCUGGACCCCCAGAUGGUGGAGCUGGCCAAGUAUGCCAAGCAGCACAUCCCCGAGAAGCACCCAAAGGACAAGCCGGAGUUUGUACGCCGGCGUGUGCAGAAGCUGCUGGCUGCUGGGGUGGUGUCAGCUCUCAGCUGCAUGGUGAAGAACGAGAGCACUGCCCUGAGCGCUUCCUGCCGGGAGCUGAUUUCCAGGGUGUUCCUUGCUCUAGUGGAGGACCCAGAGGACAGAGGGGUUGUGGUAGCCCAUGGAGGGGGCAAGGCUCUGAUCCCUUUGGCCCUGGAUGGCAUGGAAGCGGGGCAGACCAGAGCAGCGCAGGCGCUCGCCAAGAUCACCAUCACGACUUCACCGGAGAUGGCCUUCCCUGGCGAGCGAGUCUACGAAGUGGUUCGGCCUCUGGUGGGCCUCCUGCACUUAAAGCGCACGGGACUGCAGAACUUUGAGGGGCUGAUGGCCCUCACCAAUCUGGCAGGGACCAGCGAACGGCUCAGACUGAAGAUUGUGAAGGAGAAGGCGGUGCCCAUGGUCGAGGGCUACAUGUUUGAGGAGCACGAGAUGAUCCGCCUGGCAGCCACCGAGUGCAUGUGCAACUUGGCCCUCAGCCCGGAGGUGGCAAAGUUGUUCCUGGCUGAAGGGAGCGACCGGCUGAAGCUGAUGGUGCUGUACAGCGGGGAGGAGGACGAGCGGCUCCGGAGGGCAGCAGCAGGGACUCUGGCUGUGCUCACUUCCCUGCUUCCCCAGACCUGCGCCCGCAUUCCCCAAGCGACAGCCCACUGGCUGGAGAUCCUGCAGGCCCUGCUGCUGAGCACCAGCACCGAGCUGCAGCAUCGAGGCGUAGUCGUGGUGAGGAACAUGGUCGCCGCUGAGAAGGAGCUGGCAGAGAAGCUCAUGGAGAGCGAGAUGCUGGAGAUCCUGGCGGUCCUUGCCGGGCUGGAGGACAAGCCCCAAGUGGCCCAGCCUGCCAAGGAGUGCCUGGCCCAGGCGGUCACCUAUGGCCUGAUCCAGCCCCGUGCUGCUGGUGGGGAAUGA